CCUGAUCACCUCGGGCAAGUUUCCCAGGGAGAAAUCUCCCAAAAUCCUGCCAGACAUCCUGAAGAAAAUUGGGGAUACCCCGAUGGUGAGGAUUAACAAGAUUGGCAGGAACUUCGGCCUGAAGUGUGAGCUCCUGGCCAAGUGUGAGUUCUUCAACGCGGGUGGGAGCGUGAAGGACCGUAUCAGCCUGCGAAUGAUUGAGGAUGCUGAGCGCGAGGGGACCCUGAAGCCUGGGGACACCAUCAUCGAGCCAACGUCAGGGAACACAGGGAUUGGGCUGGCCCUGGCCGCCGCGGUGAAGGGCUACCAUUGCAUCAUCGUGAUGCCAGAGAAGAUGAGUACUGAGAAGGUGGACGUCCUGCGUGCCCUGGGGGCCGAGAUCGUGAGGACGCCCACCAACGCCAGAUUCGACUCCCCUGAGUCACAUGUGGGCGUGGCCUGGAGGCUGAGGAACGAGAUCCCCAAUUCUCACAUCCUGGACCAGUACCGCAAUGCCAGCAACCCUCUCGCUCACUACGACAUCACGGCCGAGGAGAUCCUGCAGCAGUGUGACGGGAGGCUGGACAUGCUGGUGGCGUCGGCGGGCACGGGGGGCACCAUCACGGGUAUCGCCAGGAAGCUGAAGGAGAAGUGCCCUGGAUGCAAGAUCAUCGGGGUGGACCCCGAAGGCUCCAUCCUCGCAGAGCCCGAGGAGCUGAACCAGACGGAGCAGACGGCCUAUGAGGUGGAAGGGAUCGGCUACGACUUCAUCCCCACCGUGCUGGACCGGAAGGUGGUGGACAGGUGGUUCAAAAGCAACGACGAGGAUGCCUUCGCCUUCGCCCGCAUGCUAAUCGCUCAGGAGGGGCUGCUGUGCGGCGGCAGUGCGGGCAGUGCCAUGUCGGUGGCCGUGAAGGCCGCCCAGGAGCUCAGGGAAGAGCAGCGCUGCGUGGUGAUCCUGCCGGACUCUGUACGGAACUACAUGUCCAAGUUCCUGAGCGACAGGUGGAUGCUGCAGAAGGGCUUCAUGAAGGAGGAGGACCUCUUGGUGAAGAAGCCAUGGUGGUGGCACCUCCGAGUUCAGGAGCUGAGCCUGUCGGCCCCGCUGACGGUGCUGCCCACGGUCACCUGUGAGCACACCAUCGACAUCCUCCGGGAGAAGGGCUUCGACCAGGCGCCCGUGGUGGACGAGUCGGGGGUGAUCCUGGGGAUGGUGACCCUGGGGAACAUGCUGUCGUCCCUGCUCGCGGGGAAGGUUCAGCCGUCGGACCAAGUUCGAAAAAUCAUCUAUAAGCAGUUCAAACAGAUCCACCUGACGGACCCUCUGGGCAAGCUCUCGCACAUCCUGGAGAUGGACCACUUUGCCCUGGUGGUCCAUGAGCAGAUCCAGUACCACAGCCACGGGGAGUCCAGUAAGAGGCAGAUGGUGUUCGGAGUUGUCACUGCCAUCGACUUGCUGAACUUCGUGGCCGCCCGUGAGCGGAACCAGAAGACAAACUCGGGAAGUGGAGAUGCCGGGGCCACAGCCCAGCUCUGA